AGAUAAUUCCGUGGCUAAACCUGUGAAUUUCCUUUGAAUAAAAAAAACGAAUUUUCUGCUACAUUGAUUUGUCUUCCCAACGUGUCGGCAUUGGUUUCGGCUAAUAAAAAACGAAAGUAACACACUAUCAAUGGAUAUAAUGAAAUAAUUAUUAAGACAUUCGUUUUGGUUGGAAGAAGAAUCCCGGCUUUGUUCCAUUAAAUGUUGUGAUUUGUGUCGUUUUUUUUCAAAGGCCCGGUGCUUGUUUACAUUCUCCUGGAUAGUCUGCUUGGGUGCCGUAACUGUGCGUCUUGUCAACAGUUUACUUGCUUAUUGGAAGUGCCAAAUCGUGAUGCCGGUUAUGUUCACUAGAUCGAAGUUUAACAGUUCUGUGCAAUUGACUUAAACAUAUAUUCGAAUAAACUGAUCAACCCACGUCGAUAAUAAAGACUCCUACGCAUCGCCACAUAUACUGCGUUAUGGUCAGAAAACCUUACAAUGAGAUUGAGACUAGACGAAAUAUAUUCACACACAACUUAUCAUUUCAAGAACGGCUUGUAUAAUUAAAGAUAAUAGUUAUUUUAUAGUGUAAAAACAGUGCUAUUUCAAAGUUGUAUUGGCAACUAAAAUCCGUUGUUUUUAUCUUCAAGGUUACAUUAUUUCAAUGCUCUUCAAUAGUAACAAUUUGGUAUCCACUACAUAUCUUGCAGUAAUCUUAAAAAUUAUACAAAAUAGUAUCUUUAUAAAAUCAAAUAAGCUUUAAUUAUUAAAAGUGUUUUUAUUACUCUGUCAAAAUAAAGAAAUCAGCAUUUUUGUGUUACAAAACAAGAAUGGAUGACAGUGAUGUAAUAAUAUCAUCAACGGAGAUUAUAAAAGACAGACUGUACUUUGCUACUCUAAAGACCGGCUACAAACCGAAACCAACGAGAAACAGCAAAUAUUUCCACAUAGAGGAUGACAUUGUUUACGAGAACUUCUAUUUCGAUUUCGGACCUUAUCAUCUAUGCCACUUGUAUCAGUUUUGUAAGAAACUCAACGAGGAAUUGGAAAAGAAUCCUAGGAAGAAGAUCGUUUUCUACACAAGCAAUAAUGAGACGCUCAGACUCAACGCAGCUUAUCUUAUUGGCAGCUAUCAGAUAAUCUACCUAAAUGGCAGCCCUUCGGCAGUAUACAAGCAGUUAACUGAAGGUUCGGAAUGGUCUCUUUUAAACUUCAGAGAUGCUUCUGGGGGGCCACCUUUAUUCGACAUCUCACUUUUGGACGUGUUACACGGCAUGAAGGUAGCCCACGACGCCCGCUUCUUUGACUUCGAACAUUUCGACGCGGAACAGUACUUGUUUUAUGAGAAAGUGGAGAACGGUGAUUUGAACUGGAUAGUGCCAGGCAAGAUGGUCGCGUUCUCAGGCCCCCAUCACAGAUCACGGCUGGACCGCGGCUAUCCUCUACAUAGCCCCGAGCACUACCAUCAGUAUUUCCGUACCCAUCAUGUAACCACCAUAGUGCGACUCAACAAGAAGUCCUACGAUGCCAGGCAGUUCACGUCACAUGGAUUCGAACACAGGGAGCUGUUCUUUGUGGAUGGAUCGGUUCCGUCAGAUCUGAUAGUGAACAGGUUUAUCAGGAUAUCGGAGGCAGCUAAGGGUGCGGUCGCUGUGCAUUGCAAAGCGGGAUUGGGUCGCACGGGUACUUUGAUCGCGUGUUACAUGAUGAAGCAUCACGGGUUCACUGCGCGGGAGGCGAUCGCCUGGCUGAGGGUGUGUCGUCCAGGAUCUGUCAUCGGACACCAACAGUGGUUCCUUGAGAACAUUCAGCCCAGAAUGCACGCGGAAGGCGAAGCGUACAGGCGUCGACACAAUAUCACAGGGUUUCCGGUGUUCACUCGUGGCAUAUACAGCGUUCUACCACCAGAGCCCAAACCGGUUGAGGAGAAACCGGUGUCGCUACAAACGAUUCUCACCAAUAACAAGAAUACGAAUAAGUUGGAUAACGCGAACGUUCUCAACGCAAACGAGACAGAUUAUGAAAACAACGUGACGUCAGUCAUCGGGAAAUAUAAGACAACACCUACUCCAAUGUUACCUAAGACUUUCACGCCGAAACUUAACUAUAUGUUGCCAACUAACAAUAUAAGAAACGCUGGCAACACUAAUCUAAGACCACAGGCGCGUACUAUGAACGCCGCGUUGAAAACUUACGCUGCCAAAACGUCCACAUUCCCGCCAACAAGAAGUGCCAACACGCAGGCCAGUAAGAUGGCAGGCGCCAAACCAUUUACAGGUAAAAGUAGCUUCCACGGUCAGCGCGCCAAUCUGGCGCGGCCCGCUCUAGGUUACACACAUGGCAACAGUCCCCUUAAGGGUUACGUUCGUAAAACUGUCGCGAAACUUCCCUCACACGACAACUCGAACGUCACAUCCACACUAUCCGCUCUAACCGAGAACUGUCACUUAAACGGUAAAAACCGUCUACCCUCCGAACCUAACCUCAAAACGGCUGUCUCGAAACCCGCCGCCAACCCCGUCCGCAAGAAGCUAGUCGUUCGCUCCGAUUCCGGUUCCCGCAAAAAACUACCUAAAUCCAAAACGUCAAAGACCGAUUUAGAAUCUGCGCAAGAUUUAUCGUCGAGCGAUACGAACGUAACCAACGUGUCGGCGGACUCUCUGGAGACUCCGUUUAGGUUUCGACGAAAAAGGGACAAGUCGAACAGUCCAGAACCGAUGGACUGUAUUUCUAACACUGCAGUCGCCGCGGAAGUCGCUCCUGAAGAUUACGAAGAGGCGAACGACUCGCAGGGCAACAAGUUAUACAAGAUCAAAGCUUUGAGGAAGAAGUGUCCUGCUUUCGGUGUCAGCAUGCUAAAGAAAGACGGCAUACAGACUAGGUCGAGUAGCUGCACCGGUAAUUCGACGGUUAAAAAGAAAUGAUCUAUGUGAAGUACACACACGUCUUGGUACGUUUGCACAUAUAAUAGAGAUUUUUAUUAAUAAUAAUAAUAAUGUGCGUAGCACACUUGACGCGUUUGUUUAGACGCUCUAAUGCAUUGAUUUCUUUUUUUUUUUUAAGUAAUCGACUGAACUCUCCUAUGAAAUUCCAUAUCAAGUAACGUGUUAUAAAGUCGAUUGUUGUCUAAACGAAUGUGUCGAUGUUUUAGUGGUGUUAGUCGAUGUCGUGAACCCCUUUGAAAAAACAGCCUAAAUGUUUUGUAAUCUCAUUAGGUAGCGGUUUGUAAUUUUUGUGAGAAUUUUUUUACAUAUUUUAUAUCCUGUAUGUGUUAGCAUCACAUUUACAAUUUUUUAUUUUAUUUUAUUCUUUAACAAUAUUUUUUAUAAGUGCGUAAUCUAAAAAGAAAAGCGUGUAAGGACAUUUUUCGUUACAUAUUACCCCAUAAACACAAUGUAUAAAUUUAUUUAUGAUAUAUAAAUUGUACUGACAUCUUUAAAAAGUCAUUAAUGGACUUUGUUUCUAUCUUUCCCUUUUAUUUAAUUACUUUAAAUAUUUUCAAUAUUUUAAAUCAUUUGUUUUUGUAUUAUAAUGUGAUGUUAAUAUGUUCAGUGUAUAUUGUAUGUACAGAUCGAUUGAUUGCCUAGAGAGUUCUCUAUAAAAUAGUAUUAAUAAUAAUAUUUUUAUUUAGUAAUAGUACAUUUACGCGUGCAAUCAAAUAUUAAAUAUAUUGUGUACUACUUAAGUUGUGUGCAUCUGUAUCAUUGUAAAGUUCAUAAAUAAAUGCUAUAUCUGUGUCAGACAGUCAAUCGAUCAUAUUUGUAUAUAGAUAUAAGGAGAAAUAUUUUUAUAAUUUUAAUAAAUUACUAAGUGAUUUAUGAGAAUGCCAUUUUUCCUUUUGGGCUUUUAUUGAGCUUCUUUUUAAGGAUAUCGAUUUAUUAUUAUGUUGAAACUUUAUUGUUUUAUGAUUUAUUGUUCAUUUAAUAACUAAUUAAUUAGUGGGCAGCUAUCCGUUCGCCGACGCUGAGCGAAUAAGAGCGUAAAACUAGAAAGUGUGACACUUUUUAUUGCGCUAGUGUAUUUUCUGAAGUCUACAUUAGCUUAUUUGAAAGACUAAACAAAAUAUUUCAAAAAUUGCUUGUUACAACGUUAAAAUCUAGAUUAGACGAGGCUUAUAC